GUGAGUUGUGCGAGAGGGAGGGUGAAGAUGGUGGUUGUUUGUGACUUUCUUUGGGCUGAAAUGAAAUUAAUACAACGUAUAAAAAUGUAACCGACGACGACUACAUACAUCCACGUCUGGUCUCGAUCAAGGAACAUUGUGGUCAGGAUGCAGUCUCCAGGCCACCGGCAGCACCACCCCCUGCUGUCAGCUGAUGAUGACCCUGAGGCUGGUAGAGUACCUGGUGCCCUGGGUCCCCCGGCUGACCACGACCGCCUGUGGUUCAUCCAGGACGGCUGUGGUAUAGUCUGUGGUGUGGUGACCUGGUUCUUGGUCCUCUAUGCUGACUUUGUGGUCAAUUUGGUGAUGCUGCUGCCAAACAAGAGUUUCUGGUACUCCAUGAUCAACGGAGCGCUGUUUAACUUCCUGGCCGUCAUGGCGCUGGCCUCGCAUCUACGUGCCAUGCUGUCAGACCCGGGGGCGGUUCCUAAGGGCAACGCCACCAAAGAGUACGUGGAGAGUCUGCAGCUGACACCUGGGGAGGUCGUCUAUAAAUGCCCCAAGUGCUGCAGCAUCAAGCCACAGAGGGCUCACCACUGCAGUAUCUGUAAGCGCUGUAUCCGGAAGAUGGACCACCACUGUCCCUGGGUCAACAACUGUGUAGGGGAGAAGAACCAGCGCUUCUUUGUGCUCUUUACUAUGUACAUAGCUCUGAUCUCGGGCUACGCCCUCUGCCUCAGUUUCCUCCAGUUCUACGCCUGUGUCCACGACCAGUGGAAUGAAUGCACUGACUUCUCUCCUCCAGUGGCGGUGAUGCUGAUGAUCUUCCUCUGUCUGGAGGCCAUCCUCUUCCUCACCUUCACCGUGGUCAUGUUUGGAACGCAGAUUCACUCCAUCUGCAACGACGAGACGGAGAUUGAGCGUCUGAAGAAUGAGAAGCCGACGUGGGAGCGGCGUAUGCGCUGGGAAGGGAUGAAGGCCGUGUUCGGAGGCCCGCCCUCCUUCCUCUGGUUCAACCCAUUCACAGGCCUGCGUCUGCGGCGCCUACUGAUGACACGUACACGCCGUGGUGGGGUGGAGUUCUCUGUCUGAGGGCAGAGCAGCCAAACACAGCUCUUCCCCAUCUGAUACUCCACCCCGGACCUCUCUGGACCCUUGGACACAUCAUGGGGGUCUUUUGUACCCCUGGACACACAUUGAGGUUUUGGUGGUACUUUGACUGAUACGAUGGGGUGUGACCUGUGACCUGUGACCUGUGACUUAGAUGAUGGAGAACAGCUGUACCCCUCAUACACACUACAGGGGGGUCUCCUGAAGUACCUGUCUCUCUGCUGGGGCAGUGGAGGGGUACAAAGACUUGACCUAAUUCUCUUGGCUGUCUAUGUCUGUCCUCCACACAGAGGGACUAGGGCUGAAUCUGGGUCUGUAUCUGGGUCAGUCCUCCACACAGAGAGACUAGGGCUGAAUCUGGGUCUGUAUCUGGGUCAGUCCUCCACACAGAGAGACUAGGGCUGAAUCUGGGUCUGUAUCUGGGUCAGUCCUCCACACAGAGAGACUAGGGCUGAAUCUGGGUCUGUAUCUGGGUCAGUCCUCCACACAGAGAGACUAGGGCUGAAUCUGGGUCUGUAUCUGGGUCAGUCCUCCACACAGAGAGACUAGGGCUGAAUCUGGGUCUGUAUCUGGGUCAGUCCUCCACACAGAAAGACUAGGGCUGAAUCUGGGUCUGUAUCUGGGUCAGUCCUCCACACAGAAAGACUAGGGCUGAAUCUGGGUCUGUAUCUGGGUCAGUCCUCCACACAGAGAGACUAGGGCUGAAUCUGGGUCUGUAUCUGGGUCAGUCCUCCACACAGAGAGACUAGGGCUGAAUCUGGGUCUGUAUCUGGGUCAGUCCUCCACACAGAAAGACUAGGGCUGAAUCUGGGUCUGUAUCUGGGUCAGUCCUCCACACAGAGAGACUAGGGCAGAAUCUGGGUCUGUAUCUGGGUCAGUCCUCCACACAGAGGGACUUGGGCUGAAUCUCAAACUGAACCCUUGGCCACUAAGCCCUUUAUGGAGUGGCCACUUGCUGAUGUGUUUGAAAGUGAUCACUCAUCUGCCACUGUUCUGGGACAGGGAGAGACCAGCCUGCCCUGCUCUGCUGUGAGCCCCAGUCAGUCAGCCAGCCAGCCAGCCAGUCAUUCAGUCAGUCAGUGACACACUGGAUACAUAUUGUACGUCUAUUCACUUCUUCCACAUACUGGUGUAGACUUAACCUACUGUUCUAUGUCUACAUGAGGAUGUGAACAGGGGUAGUUUUGAUAUGGAACUGAGGAGGUGUCAAUCACAAGCAUUGUUCUGCUCUGAAGACGCUAUGAGUUGGGGCUGGACGUUAAACACAUGAGGACUUGUCCAGGACACCCAGGGAAAGGACAGAGACGCUAUGAG